CAGUUUUGUCUUCAGGAGCUAAGGCGGCAGUUUCCUGGGAGCCACAGAGUUAAGCGAUUAACUGGAAUGCGAUUCGAAGCUAUGGAAAGGUACGAUGAUGCUAUCCAGUUAUAUGAUAGAAUUUUACAAGAAGAUUCAACUAACACAGCAGCAAGAAAGCGUAAGAUUGCCAUUCGAAAAGCCCAGGGGAAAAAUCUUGAGGCCAUCCGAGAGCUGAAUGAGUAUCUGGAACAAUUUGUUGGAGACCAAGAAGCUUGGCAUGAACUUGCAGAACUUUACAUCAAUGAACAUGACUAUGCAAAGGCAGCCUUCUGCUUAGAGGAGCUUAUGAUGACUAAUCCACACAACCACUUAUACUGUCAGCAAUAUGCUGAAGUUAAAUACACUCAAGGGGGGCUUGAAAACCUCGAGCUAUCAAGAAAGUAUUUCGCGCAAGCACUGAAGCUUAACAACAGAAAUAUGAGAGCUUUGUUUGGACUUUACAUGUCUGCCAGCCAUAUUGCCUCCAAUCCAAAAGCAAGUGCAAAAAUGAAAAAAGAUAAUAUGAAAUAUGCCAGCUGGGCAGCCAACCAAAUAAAUAGAGCAUACCAGUUUGCAGGUCGCAGUAAGAAAGAAACUAAAUACUCUUUGAAGGCAGUGGAAGACAUGUUGGAGACCCUGCAGAUUACUCAGUCUUAGGUUGGCACAGAGGUCCAGUGUAAAAUUUUCCAAUUCCAUGAUCAGCCUGCAAUGACCUAGGGGUUAUAUUACUCUAGUGCUGUUUAAUGCUAAUUUUGUAUUGAUUAACGUGCUAUGGAAAGUAAAAUAUCUAUUUAUUGCUGCUAUGAGAAAUGUGAUGAAUGCCCACUGAAAUGAGUAACUUAUCCACUUAGAUAACAUAAAGAAAUGACACAUGCUGCACAUCAGUCUUUACAGAUUUUUGUAUCUAUAGUACCUACUUUUAAGCCACAAUUUGUAGAAAUAAACUUGUUAAAUGAUU